AUGGCAGAGGCUAUAAACAAUGGCGAAUCCUCGAAAACGAAAAACAAAGGUAAAGGCAAACAAAUUGAAGACAACGAGACUGAUGAUAUAACUCAAUCGGACGAAAACCUGAGUGCAAUCCAAUUGAGGGAGGAG